ACGCUACCAUCAAGACCCGUCAACUUUCGUUGCCUGGGUGUUGGGAAGCAAUUUUUUUUUCUAACCAUCUCCAUCCCCGUUGCUAACCACUUUCUCGUGCACAGAACGCAAAUGCAAAUCAUUUCGGACAGCUCGGUGGCUUGAAAAACUACCCUAAAGCUAAGUGCAAACCAUUGUUUAGCCAUUGCUUCGCCAUUUGGUCGAGCAAAACCCGUACAAAGUAAGCGAACCCGGUUGUCGGGCCCCGGCACAAGGACGUUCCUACGAUCAGCUGUGGGUGUGUGUGUGUGCGGGCGCGUGCCAUGGAACCCGUGCGCAUGCAUCGCAGUGUGCGUGCGCUGGCGUGUACGUACGGUGCUGGGCAGGUUGGUAGUGUUUGUGCCGGCCCGUCCACUUGUAAGUGGUCCAUCGGUCGACGGAAGCAGCAGCUUCGGCAGUGGCUGUCAGCAGCAGCGAAAAAGCAGCAGCAGCAGUAGUCAGUAGCAGGGUAGGCGAGCAGCAGCACGGUGCAGCCAGCAGAAUCCAAGAGACGGCCUCCCCCCACCACCGUGCGUUCGUGUCGACGGUGUGAAAAGAAAGGACAAAGAAAGUUGUAACACUAAUCGCUCUCUGCGGUCGGUUACUACUGUGCUUGGAAGCAGUAUUUCCAAUCGGAACUCGGAUUCGAAUCGAAUUCUAACGCGAGGUGACAGAGCUGUGUGAUAAAAAAGGAUGAAAGUGUGAGAAGAAGAAAAGGAAAGGAAAACGAACACCCAACUUGCGGGCCCGGCUGUGAACGUGAAGAAGGAGAUUUUUUUUCUUCUCAAUUCCAUUCCACACCGCACUCGUUUUUCUUGCCCCCCUCCCCCUAUUUAACUGGUCGGAUUUCCUCCCGCUACGCGGUAGUGUAUGUGCCGUGUGAGCGCGUGUGAGUGUGUGUUCGCUCCCAUUGAUUGUGUCGCGUGCGGACGUGCAUGCGUGUGUGUGUGCGUGCGUGCACACGGGGUGGGGGUGUGAAUGAUCACGGAAGAGACGUGAAAAGUAACGUGAAGUGACGUGCGGCAGAAGGGUGGCUUUUUUUUUAGAUCGUGUAUGUGUGUGUAUGGUGGCGUUGCUCCCUCCCCGCGAUCAGCCGUUGUGCAGUGUGAAGUGUGUGGUGUGCGGUGCCGAUUAAAAACGCACAGCAGCGGUCUCUCGACGUGGUUUCCUUCGAUUUUUUUUUUCGGCCGUUGAAGGAAGACCAGAGUGUGAGUGAGAGAGAGAGAGAGAGAGAGCUGCGGCGGCGACACUGGGAUCAAUUUUUCGGUCGGUCGGUCGAAGCCAGCGGUGUCACGAAACGUGUUUGGUGUUGGUUGCCGGGCAGCAGCAGCAGCAGCAAGGAGGUGUCGUACUCCCCACAUCCUCCCCCGUACAUCUACCGGAAGGAUUGUCCCGUUCGCUGUUAAAGCUGCUUGCCAGCGGUAGCAACAGCAGCGCUUUUACACCCAUCAGAAGAAGAUAAAGUGAUCGUGCAUGUGUGUUGCGGUGUGUGUGCGUGUGUUUUGUGCAGGGGUGGAAUAAGGCAACCCGCUUGCGUCCCGUCCCCCUUUUGCUAAUGCAACACAUUAAUACACACACUCCAAGCACACAUACAAAAACCUCCAAACACACACACAGUGUGUGCAGUGUGAGGUGAAAAGCGGUGCCGCUAUAGGAAGAUUGCACGGGUGCAACGAAAACGAGGUUGAAAAGUGAGAAGAAGCGAAAAGAUUCCGUAACCACCCAUAGCAGCAGCAGCAAAAGUGGAAAGAAAUUGCGAGUGGCUGUGUGUGUGUGUGUGCUUUUGUGCGCGCGUGCCUGUCAGUGUGGUGAGGUUUCUGCUUUUUCGGGUUUUUGUUAACUCGCACGCUUGCGGGUGAACGAGUGUGAGAGAGAGAGAGAGCGCGCAAGGGAACUGUGCAACCCAGCACAGUGUGUCGUCUAUCCUUGCGGAGCGCAAGCUAGAGGGAAGCGAAAGCGCACUAGAGAAGCAACGCGCUAGAGACCGGUUCCGCUAUCUCUGUCGUGUGCACGCUCGCUCGCUCACACCGGGUCCCGAAUGUCGGGCGACGGGAUGUGUGUGUGUGUGUGGUGUGGUGUCGCGCAACGUGAAUAGAGAAAAGCAGUAGUAGUUGGCCGUGGAACGACGUCGCCGUGUGCGCGAAAUGAUGUGUCCGUCCGCUCGGGCGUGUGCGUGCUAGUGUGGGUCAAAGUGGAAGUGAGGGGGGAAAAAAGUGGUAGCAACUCGUCGAUCGCGCCCCGCGUGUCUCUGUCGAUCUCGCUCCCCACUCCCCACGGUUCGGUCACAGAAACGUCACGACGAGCGCUCAUACAAAGAGAAGCUCACCCGUGUUGGUGUGUGUGUGUGUGCGCGUGAAAUUGAUGAAUUAGGAAGCUAGUUAGUGGCUGUCGCAAGAGGGACGGUGUGCGCGGGUGACCAUUUAGUGUGCGCUGGUUUCGGUGUGUGCAACACGAGCCAAGGAAGGGCAAAAGAGACAGACAUCGUCUUCGCUCUCUUGCGUGCGUGCGCGCGCGGGCUCGUGUGUGUGCGGGGCUGCUUCUCAUUCAUUUCGGAAAACGCGUACAUAUCCAACCAACAAACACACAAACACAGCGAAAGAAACCCGUACGCACACACUGGGAACAUUGCGGGUCGCACACAGCUAUACAAGUCAGUCACACAUACAACCCCCUCUCCCCCCUCAUACACCAGCAGCAGCGCGGAAGAGAUGAGCCGAUGAGAAGAGAUGCUGUCGGUGGUUAUGUAUGCUGCUGGCUCGGCCGCUGCUGGCCUGUGAGCGAGAGCGAGACGGGUGCGCCGCACACAUCAUCGUCGGUGGGUUCAGCUGGCAACAAAGUGUGUUGACCACCACCCCACCAUCGAUUGGAGGCGAGUGUAGUUGACCGACUAAAGGGCGAAAACGGCAACCAUCAUUGGCUCAAACCAACCAAAAAAAAGUUAUGGAUAGAAGGGACGCAUCGGCAUCUGCGUGAGGAAAACAAUGCAUCGGUCGGGCUGGAUGCAGCCUACACACCACGGCAACCCUGUCACCAGUGUAAACGGUAAACGGUUUGCGAAGCAGCGGAACGCUGGUAGUGCCAUCAACACCACCACCACCACUAUCCUCGGUAGCAGCUACUACGAGGCGGCCACAGCAAUCACCAACACCACUAUCUGUCCAACGGCCGCCACUGUCGCCGUCAACGCAGCCGCCAUCAACGACGAUGAUGCAUCGCAAGAAGCGAAAGUGUAAACUUUCCUCGUGAACAACUUAUAUGUGUGCCUUAUCUCAUUGCUAAAAAAAACACACACCCUCAAACUCACACAAGCUAUAACUAAACGUCCUGAGUGUCCUGUUAAUCCUGGGACGAGUUAAAAAACCGAACGCGCACAACAUACACCCAUACUUACCCUAUCGUCAGGCGCAGCAACAUCCGCAACAUUGAACCAGUCUGCAAACAAAACUACAGAAGAAAAAACCAUCCAGUUUUCAUCAACAACCAACUACUACUACUCCUUGCUACAGUCCUUCCAGAACUGUGGAUAGUUGUAAAACCCAACUCCAGAGCCAAGGCGAAGAGAGAGAGAGAGAGGGAGAGCGAGAGGAAGAAAGGCAGAAACAAUCAACCACAACCACCAGCCAGUCAAUCAAUCACCGCAAGCGCAUCCUAGCGGGACGAAUCAGGAUCGGAUCGGUCGGGGGUUAACAGGAAGGAUAAAGAAAGGAAAGUACGACGAAACGCGCGUAUUCUUUCCCCCCCCAUUAUACUCCAACGAAACUGCACACCUUUCCGCUCGGUGUGCAUCAUCAUCGCCCUGGUGUCCUGUUGCGGUGUGUCCUGGACUCUCCGGAUUUAUAUACAAAUUUACAUUUGUAGUUUUAUAUUUUAAACAACAUCUAAACCUUAACACACACACACACGACGCCACUCGACGCUUCUCGAGCCCAGUGCAAAUCUUGCUGUGAACGCGUGUCUGCGUGUGCUGCGUGCGUAUCCUUUCACGCGCACCGGAAGGAAGCAAUCAAUUAGGCGGUGGGGACAGGUUUCGGCUGCUCCAGGCUACUUGUGCAGUGUGUUUGUGUCUAUACAGAAGUACAACGAAUUUCGAAUUUGGACGUGUGAAGCGCAGCACAACACACAAGAAGGAAGAGCAAGAAAUACGGCGGAGAUAGCGAGAGAUAGAAGGAGAAGAGAGCGCAUACAAAUAAUAAUAAUAAUAAUAAUAUUAACCCGGUAGUACAACAAACGCUUGUCGUAGACAGGUGUGAUUAGUUUGUAAAACGUAAAAAAAAAGCAACUCAUGCAGAUUAUAUUCACAUCGCCAUACGAUUAAGAACGAGAGACAGAGAGGGGGAUCGAAUCCUCGAAGGAAAAAUAUACAAAGAUAAGGAACGCACGAAGAAGAAGAAGAAUAAGAAGGAGAAGAGGAUCACAGCCUUCCGGUCCGUUUGCUGUAAGACAGUAAGCAAGUGGAAGAGAACGAAGAGAACCGAAGAGAGAGAGAGAGAGAGCAAGAGGAUCCUAAUACACUUCCACCGUGGUUUUAACCGCCGUUAGCCCGUCUUUUUUGUUACGUACUUCCUGUGCUUCCUUCUGCCGUCGUUGCCCGAGGGUCGUUCAUUGUACAUGUGUGCAUGAACGGUGCAUCAAGCGACGAGUACUCUGGUGCUGCUGCAUGCAACGUCGAGGGUCGUACUCACUGGCCCCAGUAGCAGCGGCGGAAGUGUUUGCAUAGCAGAGGAAACGAACGGGAAACGACCGUAGGAGGGGACAUCACGAGAGACACCAUACACACGACGGGGUGCGGUGGAGAGUAGUAAUGGAGGAAUCGCAACAGACGACAGCAUCGCAGGCGGAACAGCAGCAGAAGGAACAGCAGCAGCAGCAGCCGUCGCAGCCGGCACCACCGCCCCAGCAACAGCAGCAGGGCUUUGGGACGUACAUUGCGCUGGAGGACAGUACCGGGCCGCCGACGCUGGUGGACGAGCUAGCCUUCGAGAAGGAUGACAUCGUGCACGUGUGGAUGCCGACGGUGACCAAACCGCCGACCAGUACGGCGGCCGAAGGUGAAGGUGGACCGCGCGUCGCCUGGUACAAGGCCACCAACGCGCGCACCAAACAGACCGGCUACGUGCAGUUGAGCAAACUCUCGCCGCUGGAAAACAUUGACCCCGUUGUGUACAGCGGGGGCACAGCGCGCCAGUACAUCGGUACCGUUCCCGCCGGUACCUGCGUGUCCAUCGGUUGCGCUUGCGUUGCCGGUGGUCUGCAGCAACAACAGCAUCAGCACCAACAGCAGCAGCAGCAACAACAACAGUCACAACAAACCGCGAUCUCUGACGCUUUCGGUGGGCUGCGGCUAGCCAGCAGCGGCACCACACCGGGCACCACCGAUACGACCGGGUCCAAUGCGGAAGAGCUCUACGUGAAGUGCGUAACGCCCGCCACGGUGCUAAAAGAUCCAGCACUAAAAGAUGAAAUGGCUAGUAGAACCAGUAACAGAGCUCACGCGACCGAGUUUGUUUAUUUUGUAACACCCAUUAUAUGUUUGUUUUGCCGGGACUACAUCUGGGGGCUUGGAAGGCAAGGUGGACAGUGUAGAAACUGCUCUGCAUGUUUCCAUCUCAACUGUCUGCCGUACACCUGCUACAGGCCGUGCCAAAGAAAUCCGGACAUGUACCAGAACAUACCGAGUACUUUCAGAACGGAAAAGUCAAUUAACGAAUGGACGACGGAAAAUGUGCUGGAAUGGAUGACCGCUGUUAAUAUGUAUGACCAUGUGGAGGUAUUCAAAACGAAAGCUAUAAAAGGCUGUGAUUUACCGAAAUUGGAUCGUGAUAAGCUUGAACAAAUGGGUAUUAAGAAUGAUUUCCAUCAGCAAAGCAUCCUGACGACGAUCACGCAACUUCUGAUGAGCGCAGAGAUGACUGCGGCGGCGGCGGCCGAACUGCCGAUCGUGCCGGCACCGGUCAACCUGCCGGUCGGCACCGACCAGCAGCAGCAGCAGCAGCAGCAGCAGUACAACGGACACAACCUGGUGAACGGUUCGUUUUCGAAACAGCAAAAAUGUGAUAUGUGCAAGAACUACCUGCUAGGACUGGUCCACCAGGGACUGUUCUGCACCCAGUGCAAUAUGGUCGUACACCGGCAGUGCUCGGUGAUGGGCCUAAGGCCAUGCAGUGCCGCUGGCACCCAACAGCAGCAGCAGUCGCAACAGCAGUCGCAACAGCAGUCGCAACAACAGCAGCAGCAACAGCAACCAACACAGCAGGUGGGGUCCACGACGGGCGGGUACAUGCUGGGCGGCGCUUACCGGCAGGAGCACCAGCACAUGUUUGGCAAGAGCCUCUGCCUGCUGUUCGACGUCCAGCAGCAGGCGGCGCCUCAGAUCGUGGUCGACCUUUGCACCAGCCUGGAGAAGAAGGCGGUGAUGGACAAGGGGCUGGACCUGUACGUGGUGUAUCGCACCACCCCGCUACGGUACGACGAGGUGAACAAGCUGCGCGACGCGCUCAACGAGAAUCUGCUCAACAUCGAUCUGAACGGCUACACGCCGGAGUGCGUCGCGACGGUGCUGAAGAAGUUUUUCCACGAGCUGCCCGAUCCGCUCAUACCGGUUGCGUGGUAUCAGUCGUUCAUUGACGCUUCGUUGCUCGACGAUCAGCAGGCUGUCGAGCGCAUGAAGGGAAUCAUACAAGAGAUGGCGCCACAUCACAACAAGACGCUGCAGUACUUCAUGCGGCACCUGAUCCGAAUCUGCCGGUUGCAGUUUAUGCGCGGCAACAAGCAGCAGCCGACGAUGCUGCUGCAAAACUGGUGCCAUAUUUUGAUGCGCCCAGCGUGGGAAAGGAUCGUGCACUUCGUAGCGAACAUAAAGAACCAUCUGCGAGUGCUGGAGCUGCUGAUGUACAAGAUUGACUGGAACGAGGCGCUGCCCGAGUUUCUCUCCAUACCGGCCGUGCCGCCGCGUAAGACGUCCCGCACGGGUAGCGGUGCCGGUACCGGUCCCGGGUCGACGAAAAAGUCCAUCAUAGCCUCGCCGGAGGGCGGAUCGAUCGGUGGUCCGCUGCUCGAAAGCGAUUACAGCACCACAACCACCGGCAGUGGCAGCAGCGGCAACACGCUUGGGCGAAGCGCGGCACAGCAGUACCCUAAUGGCGGCGGUAUGCUAAUGUCGCUGAUAACCGAUCCGAACACGCCGCAGGAGCUGCGCGACGCGGAAUGGUACUGGGGCAAGAUAUCGCGCGACGUGGCGAAGGAAAAGAUGAUGGACGCGCCGGACGGGUCGUUUCUGGUGCGCGACGCCAUCAACGAUGCGGGCGAGUUCACGCUGGUGCUGAAGAAGGACGGUACCGAUCGGCCGAUCAAGAUCUACCACAAGAACGGCAAGUACGGCUUCACGCAGGAGUGCACGUUCGAGAGCCUGGUCGGCAUGAUCAACGAGUUCCGGACGACCACGCUGAAGGAGUACAACACGAUCCUGGACAUCAGCCUGCUCUACCCGAUCUCGCGGUUCGAGGACGAAAGCCUGUACCCGGCGGCUGGCGACAUACACCAGCUGGCGGCCAGCUUCUACGAGACGGUGCAGAAGCUGACCGACCUGCAGAACAUGCGCGAGUCGACGCUGGAAGCGUUCAACGUCUGCCAGUCGCACAUGGAGCUGCGGCGCCAGGCGCAGGAAGCGUUCAUCGAGGCGGACAAGCUGUUCAACGACCAGCUGCUGACGCAGGCCCGCUACGAGAAGGAGGCGCAGCCGCACGAGCAGCGCAGCCUGGCGCAGAACCGCACGCUCAUCGAGAGCCGGCUGGAGGAGCUGCGCAAGUGCAAGAAAAACCUGGACGAGGAUAUGGAGCGCGAGCGGGAGCGUAUGCGCGAGCUGCAGCGGGAGGCGAUGAAGCUGAAGCCGGAAAUCAUGAACCUCAGCAAGCAGAAGGACCAGUACCUGGAGGCGCUCAAGCGCCAGUCGAUCACGGACGCCCAGAUCAAGCAGAUCCUGAAGGACGGCUACCUGUCGACGGCGAACCCGGACGGCACGCAGGAGCUGCCCCACCUGGACGAGACGACCUGGCUGCGGGAGCGGUACUCGCGCCAGGACGCGGAGAAGAAGCUGGCGAACAAGCCGACCGGCACGUUCCUGAUACGGGCGCGCAACGCCGGCCACUACGCGCUGUCGAUUGCGUGCGACGGGCGCGUCAACCACUGCAUCAUCCACCAGACGGAGCGGGGGUACGGUUUUGCGGAGCCGUACUACAUCUACGAUUCGCUCAAAUCGCUCGUCGUGCACUACGCGACCAACUCGCUCGAGGAGCACAACGAUCUGCUGCAGACGACGCUCAAGUAUCCGGCGUUCGCGCCGAACAUGCCGAGCGGCAGCGGCAGCGGCAGUGGCAGUGGCAGCGGCAGUGGCAGCGGGCAAACCAGCGGAGGUGGUGGUGGUGGUGGUGGUUCAUCUUCUUCCCGGCAGCAAGGAUCGGCCCCAUGGUCGACUUCGUUUGCUGCCUAAAGGGGAGCUGCGUCGUCGCCACCAUCAGCUCACCAUUUUGCAGUUCGUCGGUAUUGUUUUGUUUUGUUGUUCUCUCGCUCGCAGGUGGUACUGCUGUGUGUGCGUGUGUGUGUGUGUGAUGUUCGGUAAUUUAAAAAUGUACGUAAAACAUACUGCUGUUGUAGCUGCAAGCACGAUUUAAGGUAGGCUAAGUAACUGGACCCGAUGAAUGCAGGGAAUGGACCUUCGAACCGGGCUCUCUCCGGUUCUUCCCGCUAGAGUGGGAAACCAUCUAUUUUUUUUUGUUGUCUCUUCCCUUUUAAAUUGUUCGUAUUUCGGUGUAGAACAUGGCAAUCGCUUCCAAAAUUGGGAAUUUGAAGUGCGUUUGGUAGAUGUGUAUUUUUUUUUAAUUUUUAUAAAUACGUAUACACACGUGCGCGCUGUGCUCGUUUGGUUGCGUUACACGAAAUGCGCGCGCGCAAAGGAGGUAGGGGAGUUGAUAUUAAUGGCGCGGCAAUUUCAUUCUUUUAUAAACGAAAAACACACACACACAUAUACACACACAUACAAUAUUGUCAUCAGCACCACAGCCCCACAAUCCCACAAAAUGAUCGUGUGUACGCAAGGAUCGCGCGAACGAAGGAUAGUUUUAAGACAAACUUUCAUGCUAAGUCUACAUUUAUGUAUGAAGGCGUUAACGUAUGCGACGUACGUUCUACGACAGCCCAUUACAUAACACACGCAGUCCACUCCAGCAGUGUUUCGGAGUGAUCUACGCGCUGCGGCUCUCCCGGACGACGGAUACGGCACGGAACGCCCCACUAAACUCCAGUUUCGAUGCAUUUGGGUUUUACUUUUACUUUCGAGGGUGGGGAUGUGUGUUUCCGUGAUUAAAGAAAUUGGAUAAUGAAUACAGUAAGCUUUGGUUUGGUGGGCGGCACUCACCUUUGCCGCCGCCAACGUCAAAUUAGCGGUUCGGGGUUAGGGGUUUACGUAUUAAUGCGCUCGGCGGCCGCUGUAGGUAUAGGAUGUGUAUAUCGUGUUUUUUUUUUGUUGUUUAUUUUUUGAAAAGGGUAUUAUUUUUAUUCUAACACGUGUGUAGCACCCAUUCGCAUUGAAGCGCGGCGUAGCAGAGCAUUAAAGCAGCAUGUAUCGCGUGCAAGUUUUGCCAAGACCAUCCUCUGCGUGCUCUUUGGCGCUGGUUUGCUAGCUAUAGCCGGGGCGGUUGGAGAACAAAACGAGAUUUUAGCUAUUCCUUGUUGUCCCCCCCCCCAUUGGAAGCAACACAAAGGAAAAUUGGGAAAUAAUAAUAAAAUGCAAAGCUUGAGGGGAAGGACAGUGUCGAUGUGUUGGGCUUUUACGUGCAUCAAAUAUUAUAAACUCCAUGAGUUAAUUGAUUCGGACGAGCACAACGGAUGGGGAACGGAGGACAGUACAGAACAAAACCAGGGAAGCUGCGACAAAGCUUAGUGGACACGGGUGAUACAAAACAAAACAAAAAACGCCGGCAUGACGAGGCCGCGAGGUGUGUGUUGUUGUUAGCUGCCAAGGUAGUAGAGACAGACGCAAGGACGCAAGUGUGUGUGUGUGUUGUUGUGUAGUAAGGAAAAGCGUUGGGGUGAUAAGACGAGCAGGGCCGCCGUGUAUGGUAGGGAGGGAGGAAGGUGAUCCUCAGUAAAGGGCGAUCGUGUUGUGUGGGCGUGUGUGUGUGUGUAUGUGGGGGUUUUAAGCUGCAAUAUAGAUCGCAGCAUUUUGUACCCACACAAAACCCCUCCCCACGCUGACGCCACACGCGUUCGGUAGAGAAGAAAAUCGCGAAACGGUUGCUAACAUACAUCGACGUAAAACGGUUGAGAAGAAAAGAAGAGAAAGAAGAGGGAGGGGAGAGUUACGUUCGCUCGUUCAUUUGUAUAUGCUGUAAUCGUUAAGGACACAUUUACAUUAUCCUAAUUUUAGUGUGACACCAUCUCGCUCGGAAGAUGGACAAGCAAAGAAAGAGCAGGCAAAAUGCGAUCGCGUAGGGUCGCGUUUUUUCUUUUGGUGUCUUUUGCACAUUUUGAUCAGUUUGCUGAAAUGUUUUUAAUGCAAAGGAAGCGGGAAACGUUUGUUUUCUUUUUUUCUUCGAUUUGUUUGAUAUGUUCCCUUGCUGCACAUCAUGCCCAGAUGCACCUGGAAAAGGUCAGAUCUGUAAAGGAAGCAACGGAGGGAAGGGCUAUAGAGAGGAUAUAGUGGUUGAAGUAAGGUUAAAAACGCGGCCAAAUACUGAACACACACACACACAUACGGGAAGGAAUGGAAGGGAGCGAUCGCGCGUCCCGUUGUGCUCCGUUGUACUGGCUUGCCCAAUCGCUGCACGCGCACAACUGUUGUAGGUGUAACUCCCCCCCUUUUUAAGGGCGACAGCGCACUCAACGAGAACCGAGUCUCUGGUUGAACAUAAAAAUCUGUGGAUUAUUUGUAAAGUGUGUUGUGUGUAUAUUAUAUGAAUGUGGUUUCUGGACGGGAGCGUGAGUGUCUGAGCGAGUGUUUGUGUGUGUGUGUGUGCGGGAUACAAACUGUGAAGAGAGAGUGUAAAAGGAUGUUUUAGAGUUUUGUCUGAAUGUUUAGGAAUCAAACAAAUAUUGCGUAACUGUGUUAAACUACCAUGUAAGCGUUCAGUAAAGAUAGAUAUAUAUUAUAUAUUAUACAUUCUAUAUUAUAUAUGUAUAUGUAUAGACAUAUGUGUGUAUACAUAGAUGCAUGUGUGCCACGUUGUACAUGCUGCAUGUAUGUAUAGAUAGAUAUAUAUAAGAUAUGUAUGUAGAAGGUACCGAUAAUACCUAACCAUUAUGUGCGCCCGUGUAGGUAUGUGUGUGAUGAAAAACAUAACUUUGUGAAACAAACAACAAAGCAACGCGUAGAAUCGUUCAAAAACAACCCUUACCCGAUACAAGACCAAGCAAGGAUUGGAGAGAACAAACAAACAUACAAACAAACAAAUGAAACAAUCGAUAACGGUGAUUUGCCGCGUGUACAGAGGAUAGCAGCAAAGCAGAGGCGAAGAAGAAGAAGAUGGUGGUGGUGGUCCCCUAGUCUGACUAGGUUUGGGAAGUGUUGGUACUGAAAAUCAAAAUCAAACAAAGUUUAUACCCCCCCCCCCCGUCUAAACGGUGUUUUCCCGCAUCGAGCAGCGAACCUAACGCUAACGGAUAAGCAUACACAACACAACAAGUAUGAGUAGUUUACAUAUGUGUGUGCAGAUAAUAUAUAAUCAAAUUGAGGAAGAAACAAACAAAAUAGGGGCAGCAAGUUAACCAAACCUACUUCUGGCAUUCAAACGCUGUUGCUGCACGUUAAAGCUUUCUGUCUAAUGUUGCAUACAAUUGCAAUACACACAAACACAUUACCUACCCUUUACAACGAUGAUCGAUCAUAAAACACCAAAAUUGACCGACAGUUGUGCAUGAUCCUCGUGCGCAUAAACAAAAACGUGUGAGAUAUGCUCUUAGGUAUGUUUUGAUCCCCUUCGUUCUGUUUCAUCCAAAUAAUAGUGCGGCCACUUGCAUAUUGGACGCUGGACGCUAUUAUUAUUGGCAAAUAGUAACCGGAAUUACAAAACGUGACGCGUAUAUAUAUAUAUAUCCAUUACAAAAUAUUGUUGUGCAUGUGUGUGUGUGUGUCUGUGUCUGUUGUAUAGGUUGAAAACAAAUUGAAAUAAUUAUACACAAACGACGGGGAAGAUGCAAACGACAAGAAGACAAGGUGUAGGAGGAUUAAUCCCUGUAGAGAUGAAGGGACAAAACAGACCAGGGAAUAACGGCAUGAUAGAAGGUGAUGGGGAGGGAGCAAAGGGGCUAAGUGCUGCCUAGCUUCGCUCCCCUGAUCCGGAUGAUAUAUGUAUAUGUAUAAAUUCAGCAAAAUAUAGAACAACAAAUAUGAAAACACACUAUAGAUUCACACACACACACACACACUCAUCAAGUACUAUACACCCGUGCAAACAAAAACAAAUGGUAGAGCUUUCGUGCAGGGCGAUAGAGCGAUUCACAACACAAUUAUUAUUCUUUCGCUUGUCCGUACGCUUGCACGCGCGGUGGUGAUGUGAAAAACAAAUUUGCACAACAAACAAAUGUGCGUGCUCGUCUAGUCGUUUAGAAUUGGAAACCAAUCAUCAUCCCACUUCCAUUAUCGAGCACCACAUUUUUCCAUCGGGCAACCGUAACGAUCACCACUCAGCUGCGCGCGCGUGCGUUAGCUUAUGUGUAGUAGACUUUAAAAGGAAGGCGAAGAACAACCAACCAACCCACACGUUAGCUAAAUAAUCCUUUCAGUGUGCAGGGGAAACAUUUGGAACCAAUAGUGCAAAGCGUGUUCCGAUUGCAUCGCGCUCUGUAAUGCGUGUGUGUGUGUGUUUCUGUUCAAUAGGGGCUUAUCCGUCAACAUACAACGUACAAAAAUUAUACACAAAAAUACAAGGAGAUUGCAAAAAAAAAACAAAACAUUAUCAGUUAAGCAAAACAGUGUUAAGCAGACGGCGUGUCAAAAGGGCAAGAGAUUCAAGCAAACAAGCAAAACAAAACAAAAAAACGCUUUUUAUGUGCUCUCGUAUAUUGAUAGGUGCAAACGAUGCUCUUUUACGAUGCACGAUUGUUACUAAAAUGUGUAGAUGCGUGAUUAGGGGACGUUUAGUAAACGGAGCACCGAGAACGUAUGACUAUGUCCUUCUUUGUUUUCUGAUGCAACAGACACGCGCACCAACAAUGGCUGCAAACAAUGUAAGCAAAACAGUGCUAAGAACAGUGCUCUUCCCCAGCGCUUACGCCACAGAAACGGACACUAUUACUUCCUUGGACGUGUGUGCACCCCUUUGUCAUGUUGUGUAAGAGAGUAACAGUGGACGGAAGCUAGUAACAACAAUCUUUAAAAACAAAAAAAAACCAACCCGUUCCCCCCUCAACCAAACAACUCUAGAACGCCAAUCUUUUUUAAAUGUACGCGGGCAGUGCAAAAAAUGAAGAUGGAAAAAUUAUAAGAAGAGAAAAGGAUGAAAGUAAUGAAAAGAAAGAGAGAGAGUAAGAGAGUAGCAAGUAAAGGAAAACAAACAAACAAAACAAACAAAUCAACAAUCUCUGGAAAAAGGGAGGAGUGUGUGUGUAAGAGAGAUAAAAAACAAAAAUACAAAAAACAAAAACAUCUAAUAACAAAAUCCAAUCGGUCAAUGUGAAAGCGUAGCAUGUGAAACAUGUACAAAUUUACUAUUAAUAAUAAUAAUAAUAAUAUUAACACUAAAAAACCUAUGAUAACGAAGUAAUGCUAAUAAUUAACUAAGCGUAACUACUGCUGCAGUAACAAACACAAGUGAAGGUGGUGGCGGUAGCUGCUGCAGGGGAACAGCGUUUGAUGCACAGCGUCGCGAGAGGAGAGGGGGGUCGUUUUUUCAGAGUGGUUUUGUUGCUUAGCAAUAUUGUAUAAAGCACUUACAGGGUUUUCCAGUAGUACUUAUAGCUGUGCGACACUUGAUUGAUUUCUUCUUGCGUGAAAUGAACUUAAUGUAAUGGGAAUUGGACUCUACAGCACCGUUGUUAGAAAAAAAAAAUCUAAUAGGAAGGAGGCUGUCCAAAAAGUCCAAUUUCCAUCAUAUGAAGUUCAUUUCCUAUAAGAAAGUGUCAAGGAAGUGUACCACAACUAUGGGAACCUCUGGAGACACCCUGUAAACAUGUUAACACACCGUACACAAACAAAGCAUGCUGUUUUCGAGAUGUUGGCAACAUCCUUUUUGACUAUCAUUCUAUGGGGUGUGGCAUGAAGGUAAGGUUCGGAGUGUAUUGUUAUGAUAGAGACACGAUAACUCUUCCUACUUCAUGUCCCCCAUUCGUUGUGCUGUGCUGUGUGUGUGUGUGUGUUAAAUUGCAUUCUCAAUAUUUCUACCACUACUCUGCGGAACACGAUCCUCUUUAACUCUUGUCUGGUGAAUCUUCGCUGUGCAGCCUUCGCAGCACCGCCCCUCCACUCAAGGAUAACAACAAUAACGAAUGAUGAAAGCGAAUGUGGUGAUCUUUAGCCAGUUAGUUGGACAGAGUUGUAAAAUGCAUGUGAUGAAGCGACAGUGAGGAAGGAAAGCAAGUGAAAGCAAACCCCCCGCCCAUCUACAGUAAAUCGAAGCAAAAGGCGUGUGAAAAACGACGGGAUUAUUGUGUGGUGCGAGUGAUCAUAAGCGAGCGCGGAGUCGGUGAGCAAGACCAAAGGCUUAGGAAUGUUUCGAUUUAUGGCGUUUUUUUUUUCUUUUCAAUUUUCCACCGGCAAAGCACAAUAGUUAAAGGCGCGUGUCAGAACGGGCCACAUGGAGGAUAUGUUAAGAAACAUUUUGGAGGUGAAAAUGAAACAAUUUGUCGAAGCAGCAGCAGCAGCAGCAGUAGCAGAAGCGUCCAACGUUAGUGUUAGAAGCGAGAAGUGCAUAUAUCGAAGCGUUAGUGGAUAAUCUAUUUUAUAAUUGCGUGCGUCUGUCGGCCAGCGGGUGGUGCUGUAAGAAAGAGAGAAGGAGAGAUUGUGUGAAGGCGGAGGGAAAAGGGUUAAAACUUAAUUUUCCCAUUUUGUCAAAUACCUCUAUACAAGAAAUGCGCAUUUGUUGGUUCUCAGUUUCGUUUGUAAGAGUUUUGCUGCUGUUUUUUUGUGUUUUGCUCCCUAGUAGCAGUAGUAGUAGUAGUAGUUGUGUACGUGUACCACCUAUUCCGCUACUUUUUACCGUAAAACGGGGAGUCGACAGAAAAUAAGGAUAAUAGGCACACUCAACACAUUUAAAAUAAACACACACACACAAAACAAAUAUUACUCGUGUAAUCUAAGUUGCAGUUUAGGGAUAAGUUUAUUUGUUUUUUUUCUUCUGCGAAAUGUAUGUGAUUGAAGAGCGGGAGGUGUGGAUAGCAGGAUGAUGAUAAACAGUACAAGCUAUACAUGGGGGGAGGAAGCAAAACAUUUAUGCAGAAAAGCAGCAGCAGCAACAGCACACCACACGGAGUGGUCUAUAGUUAGCGCUAGGCAUCUGUUUUAGGCGAUGAAUUAUGUUACAAAUGAAUUUAACCACACACACACAUACACAUACACUUACAUAACAAACAGAAGCAUAAGAUUUAUACAUAGCCACAUUUAAAGGAACUAACAUAGUACAUGCAUGCAUAUAGAAUACUUGAGAGAAAAACGGAAUUCUCGUUUCAUAUUGUUUGGGCCGAUCAGUUUAUAUACAUUAACAGCAGCAGCCUGAGUUUGGAUAUGAUUGGUUGUUUUUCCUAAAAUUCCCUCGAUGUAGGAGUAAAAUUUGCAAAAAAACGACAGUCGGAAACAAGAUCACCCAAAAUAAAAAUGGCUUGUUUAAGGGAAAAAGAAAUUGUUAAGAAAAACAAAAACACACGUACACACUAGGGUAACAAAUAUAAAAAAAAACAAACAAACAAAGAAAAAGGACAAACUCACAUAAAAUACACUAACAAAGCAAAACAAACAAACAAAUAGGACAGAGACACAUAAACAAGUACAUUAACAAAGUAAAACAAACCAGACAGGACAACCACAUAAACAAAAUACACUAAACAAAACAAACAAAUUGCAAUUAAUUGUGAUGCACUUGUGGUGGGAAAUUGUGGGAGGGGAAGAAUUGUUGUAAACACGGGUAGAGAGAGAGAGUGGUGAAGUGUUGUAGUAGGGAGGAUAGGGAAGAAACUGGUUAAAGCUGUGCGGUUUAGAAUGAUGCUAGACAGUUUCUGCUCGUAGGGUAAUGAGUAAGGACCAUUCCCCCAAACUCAUAAGUUUAUGUAUAAUGCACACUUACACUCACACACACGAGCACGCCUGAAACUACUCGUAAUGGUCGAAAGUGCAUCUGUCGAAUUUUAUCUUUAACAACCUGUAUGUGUAUGUUGCUGCACAGAUAAUUGUAUGUCUCUCUCACUCAUUCUUUUUCACGCCAGCUUAGAUCUUUUAUUUGGGGAGUGGUAGUGCAUUUGGAGGACGGCGGAGAACAGUGAAGCCACACACUUUUUGAAAGUUUCAACUUUUGCAGUCAAUUUUGUGCAUAUAUAGGAAGAGUAGUAGAAUAGUACGUUAACACAUGGUGUUAACACUUUGUAAUACUCUCAAUCUUUGGAAUGUAUGCAACACACGGGUGUCUGUGUGUGUGUGCUUUUGUGUAGCAUGUUCUAUUAAGGGGUUUGGAAAGUAGAGAAGAGUAUGCACUUGUAAAGCCGAAGGUUCUUGCAACGAAAGAAGCUUUCCUUUUUAAAUCUUAAUACAGCCAAGCGACGUGUGAUAAUACGCGAAGGGUUUGUUCUACUUUGCUUUUGGGCAUUGUUUUAUAACGAUGAAAAUCCAUAAAAAAUAGGCACUGUUUGUUGUCUUUUAUCCUUCCUCUAUAUUGAGUGACACACAGAAGGAGAGAGUGGCACUUUCCUUUCGUGCAGUACUUUUAACCGCUUCCUUUGAUUGCACAGCAGCAACAUGCCAAACCGAAUGUUCUUCGUCUCUGUGGUUACUGUUUUUUUUUGUCAACCACCGAAAGGAUGUUGUUCUCGUAUCUUUGUACAAUGGGAGCUACUACUGCGGCUGGUUCAUACAAAUGAUUGUUGUGAUAAAAUAAGAAGAUAAAAACACAAACACUUACAGACACAAAUACACACAAAAACAAAACGAGAAAAAAAAAAUCAGGAAAAGAAGCAACAUUUUGCAAACACAUACAUCCCUAGCAUGGAUAAUGAAGAAGAAGCGUACGGCACUGAUAGAGAAAAAAAAUCGGGCGAAAAAAAAAACAAAGAAAAGAACGUAAGAGUAAUCAAAAACGUAACGUAAACCAAUUCCUUCCGGAUGCGCCAAAUGAAACCGCUCAAUGCGGAACAAAUUACUACUACUACUACUACAACUACAAGUACUAACUAACUAACUAACUAUAUCCCCCGGAAAGAGCACCACACCACAGUCCUGGAGCAAUUAAAGCAAAACAGAAGAAGAAAAGAGAAGAAAACACAACACUUAAAAUAGUAAUGCUAAACACAGCUUAAUAUGGACAAACACAGGAGAAAAAAAUUGUGCACAUGUGGUCUAAUAGAGAGUAGUAGUUGUAGAAAGCAGAAAAGCAUAAAACAAAUCAUCAAUAUUGAUAUACUCACCCAGGAAACAAAAACAUACAUACAAAAGGAGAACAGAGAUGAAGAAGCGCAAGACCAGUUUAUAGAGGAGAACCGUUGUGAAUCGUACCGAAAAUGAGAUUCGUUGCUGGUUAUGUGCUUUUUUUAUUAAAAGGAAACAAUGGGUAAUUUGUUGUAUCACAACUCUAAUUCAUAGUUGUCCCACCACACACACGCGCGAAUUGCAGACAAACAAACAAAUGGUGGGAUAUAAAAUUGAAGAAAAACAAACAAACAGCAGCACACGUGAGAAAGGCGUGAAAAGUUACUCUUUUUUUUGUCGAUGAAUGGAAAUACAAAAAGAAGAAGAAAAAGAAAAGAAAAUAGCACAUGUGAAAAUGCAUGAUGAAAAUACAAAAAAUACACAAAAGAGCAGGAAAAUUGCCGAGAAUAGAACCACAACAGUAGAGAUAUGUGAAGCAAAAGAAGGAAAGGAAGGAAGUGAGAAAAUAAAUAGUAGGCAAGAAUGGAAUGGAAUGGAAGCAGUUGAGUAAAACAACAAAUUAAACAACAAAUUAAAGAUUAAUGUGAUUGUAUUGUACAUAAAUUUGUAUUAUAUAAAGCGAAUAAGAAAAUGUGAAAUAAGAAAAUCCAACAAAAUUAAUGAGCGUA